AUGUUUGCGAACAAGCUCGGAAUGAACGCCCUCCUAAAGGACGGAUACAGGGUCGUGAAAAACAGUGAAGAUGCAAUUUUAAAAAAUAUAGAAGCAUGUAAAGAGAUAUCAGCAAUAUUACAAACAUCCCUAGGACCCAAAUGUAUGAACAAAUUAAUAGUUAACCAUAUAAAUAAAAAAAUAGUUUCAAGUGAUUGUAUAACUAUUUUAAAUGAUCUAGAAAUAAACCAUCCUGUUGUUAAUAUUUUAAAAAAAUUAUCUGAAACAAUGAAUUAUGAGUAUGGUGAUAAUACAAAUUAUGUUUUUACUAUAGCUACUGAAAUGCUAGAGAAAGCUAGCUAUUUAAUUCAUGAUGGGUUCAAUGUAAAUGAUAUAAUAAAUGGGUUCAAAAUUGGAUAUAAUGAAAUAGAUAAAAUAUUAACAGAAUCAACUAGCUAUAAAAUUGAAAAUUUUUAUGAUGAUAAAGAAAUAUUUAAAGUUAUAAAAUCGGCAAUGGGUACAAAAAAACUAUCAAAUAAUUAUGAUACCCUAAUUGGCUUAUUAUCAAAAUGUUUAUCAACUUUAAUGCCAGAAAAAAUUGAAACAUUUGAUGUUGAUAAUAUAAGAAUAACAAAAUUAAAUGGAGGAAAUUUAAUAGAUUCACAAUUUUUAAUGGGUAUGGUUAUAUCUAAAGAACCAAAUGGAAUUGUAAAAAAAAAAGAAAAUGCACAAGUUAUGAUACUCAAUUGUGGAUUAGAAGCAGCAACAACAGAAACAAAAGGAACAGUACUAUUACGAAAUGCCCAAGAACUAGUAAAUUUUACUAAAGGUGAAGAAGAUCAAAUGAAAAAAAUUAUUGAAAAUAUAAAACAAGCUGGUGUUGAUGUUAUAAUUGUAAAUGGUGCAAUUUCUGAUAUUGCUCAACAUUUCUGUGAUGCAAAUAAUAUUAUGACAUUAAAAAUUACAUCUAAAUUUGAAACUAUACGAAUAUGUAAAUUGUUAAAUGUUCAUUCACUAGUUAAAUUAAGAACCCCAGAACCCGAAGAAAUCGGAAAAGUAUCCUCUAUUUAUGUAACCGAAAUUGCAUCUAAAAAAGUUACAAUAAUUAAUUCAAAAAAUAAAAAACUCGGAACAAUUCUUUUAAGAGGUGCUACUAACAACCUUCUUGAUGAAACAGAAAGAUGUAUACAUGAUGGAAUCAAUGCAAUUAAAAAUGCCAUAAAAAGUAAUUCAUUUGUUUAUGGAGGUGGAUGUGCAGAAGUUCAAUUAUAUUACAAAAUCAAACAAUUAUCACAAGAAUUAAAAGGAAUAGAUAAUUGUUCUGUUAAAAUGUUUGCAGAAUCAUUUUUAUCUAUACCUAGAAUAUUAGCAACCAAUUCAGGAUAUAACAACACAGAUGUAAUUAACCGUCUUAUUAGUGAACACUCUAAAGGAAAUAUUGAAGCUUGUGUAAAUACAGACAGAAAUGAUGAAUUUAUUACAUCAGCAAAAAAAAAUAAUAUAUAUGAUAAUCUUAAAUGCAAAAAAUAUGCUAUAGAUCUUGCUUUUGAAGCUUUACAAACUAUACUUAAAAUCGAUCAAAUUAUUUUAGCUAAACCCGCAGGUGGCCCUAAACCUAGGGAUAAAAACCCAGACUUUGAUGAAAAUUUCUGA